CGGAGGCGGCCGUGGGAGAUCCCGGCUGGUGCGUCUGCUGAGGCUGCAGCAGCUGUCACCGGCGUCAUGGUGAAAAGGAAAAGCUCGGAGGGCCAGGAGCAGGAGAGUGGCCGUGGCAUCCCUCUGCCCAUCCAGACCUUCCUGUGGAGGCAAACCAGUGCAUUUUUAAGACCUAAACUGGGGAAACAAUAUGAAGCUUCCUGUGUGUCUUUUGAAAGAGUUUUAGUGGAAAACAAGCUGCAUGGCCUUUCUCCAGCUCUCUCUGAAGCCAUCCAGAGCAUUUCUCGCUGGGAGCUUGUCCAAGCUGCUCUCCCUCAUGUGCUGCACUGCACUGCAACACUGCUCUCCAACAGGAAUAAGCUAGGACAUCAGGAUAAGCUUGGAGUAGCUGAAACAAAGCUGCUUCACACUCUUCACUGGAUGCUGCUGGAGGCUCCUCAGGACUGCAGCAAUGACAGAUUUGGAGGGGACAGAGGCUCCAGCUGGGGAGGGAGCAGUAGUGCCUUUAUCCACCAGGCUGAAAACCAAGGAUCACCAGGACAUCCCCGGCCCAGUGCCAUGACUGAUGAGGAGGAGAACAGCAGGAGGAAGUUCUUCCAGAAUUCCAUGGCCACAGUGGAGCUGUUUGUGUUCCUCUUUGCUCCCCUCGUCCAUAGGAUUAGGGAGUCCGACCUGACGUUCCGCUUGGCCAGUGGCCUUGUCAUUUGGCAGCCAAUGUGGGAACACAGGCAGCCUGAAGUUUCUGCCUUCAAUGCUCUUGUAAAACCCAUCAGGAACAUCGUUACAGCCAAGAGAAGUUCCCCCACCAACAAUCAGAGUGUGACUUGUGAAUCCCCUAAUCUGGACAGUGCACGUACUGAGGGACUGCAGGUGGUCUGUGAGACAACACAGCCAGAUCCUGUACCUCCAAAGGCUUCUGGUUCAGCAUGUCACCCUGGAAAUUCCUUGGAGGGAAGUGUGUCCUCCCAAACCUCCCAGGAGAGAAGUUCUGCACAUCCCAGGGUGUCCUUGGUGAUUCCUCCGUGCCAGAAGUCUCGCUAUGCCACGUACUUCGACGUGGCUGUGCUGCGCUGCCUGCUGCAGCCCCACUGGUCCGAGGAGGGCACGCAGUGGUCACUGAUGUACUACCUGCAGAGGCUGAGGCACAUGCUGCAGGAGAAGCCUGAGAAGCCACCCGAGCCUGAGGUUCCCCCUCUGCCACGGCCUCGCAGCAGCUCCAUGGUGGCUGCUGCACCCUCUCUGGUGAACACCCACAAAACCCAGGAUCUUACAAUAAAAUGUAAUGAGGAAGAAAAGUCACUAAGCACAGAGGCAUUUUCCAAGGUUUCACUGACCAACUUGCGUAGACCUGCAGUUCCAGACCUCUCCACAGACCUGGGAAUGAACAUCUUCAAAAAGUUCAAGAGCCGCAAAGAGGACCGGGAGCGCGAGCGCAAGGGGUCCAUUCCGUUCCACCACGCCGGCAAGAAGCGGCAGCGGCGCAUGGGGGUGCCCUUCCUGCUCCACGAGGAUCACCUGGAUGUCUCCCCCACUCGCAGCACUUUCUCCUUCGGCAGCUUCUCUGGAAUUGGAGAGGACCGGCGUGGCAUGGAGAGGGGAGGGUGGCCAACCACCAUCCUAGGGAAGUUUACCAGGAGGGGAAGCUCUGACACAGCGACGGAGAUGGAGGGGCUGAGCGCCCGGCACUCGCACUCCCAUCACACGCUGGUCUCUGAACUGCCAGACCCCUCCAACAGCCAUGGAGACAACACAGUCAAAGAAGUGCGGUCCCAGAUCUCCACCAUCACUGUGGCCACCUUCAACACCACCCUGGCCUCGUUCAACGUGGGGUAUGCCGACUUCUUCAGUGAGCACAUGAGGAAGCUUUGCAACCAGGUGCCCAUCCCUGAGAUGCCCCAUGAGCCACUGGCCUGUGCCAACCUCCCACGGAGCCUGACAGACUCCUGCAUCAAUUACAGCUGCUUGGAGGAUACGGAUCACAUUGAUGGAACCAACAGCUUUGUCCACAAGAAUGGCAUGCUGGAUCUCUCGGUGGUGCUGAAGGCUGUCUACUUGGUUCUGAACCACGACAUCAGUUCGCGGAUUUGUGACGUGGCACUGAACAUUGUGGAAUGCUUACUGCAGCUUGGGGUGGUGCCCUGCGUGGAGAAAGUUCGCAGGAAGAGUGAGAACAAAGAAAACGAGGCCCCUGAAAAGAGACCAAGUGAAGGAUCCUUCCAGCUUAAAGGGGCUGCUUGUGGUUCAGCCUGUGGGUUUGGGCCACCUCCAAUUAGUGGAGCUGGAGAUGGAGAAGAAGAAGGAGGUGGUGGAGGAGGUGGUGGAGGUGAUGGAGGAGGAGGAGGAGGAGGAGGGCCAUACGAGAAGAAUGACAAAAAACAAGAAAAGGAUGAAGGCCCAUCUAUCAGCACCCAUAGGCUGGCACUCACAAUGCUGAUUAAAAUUGUGAAGUCCUUGGGCUGUGCCUAUGGUUGUGGAGAAGGACACCGAGGGCUCUCUGGAGACCGCCUGAGACUCCAGGCCCAGAACUGCCUCACGAAGCUGUACAAACUGGACAAGAUGCAAUUCCGGCAGACCGUGAGAGAUUACGUGAACAAGGAUUCUCUCAAUAACGUGGUGGAUUUCCUGCAUGCUUUACUGGGCUUCUGCAUGGAGCCUGUCACUGACAAUAAGGCUGGAUUUGGGAAUAACUUCACCACAGUGGACAACAAGUCUACAGCCCAGAGUGUGGAAGGUAUUAUUGUGAGUGCCAUGUUCAAGUCAUUGAUCACUCGCUGUGCAUCCACUACACACGAGCUCCACAGCCCAGAAAACCUGGGCUUGUACUGUGAUAUCCGACAGCUGGUGCAGUUUAUCAAGGAAGCUCAUGGGAAUGUCUUUAGGAGAGUGGCACUCAGUGCCCUCUUGGACAGUGCUGAAAAGUUAAUACCAGGAAAAAAGACAGAGGAAGCAGAGCAAGAGCCAAAACCUUCUGGGAGCAAAAGAUCUGAGGCAGGAAGUGUCAUCAUUGACAAAGGGCAGGCUUCAGCUGCCCCCGAUGAGUGCCGGAGUUACGUCUCCAGCCGCCCCAUGCAGACUCCAGAGCAUGACGAGCAAAUCCAAGGGGCCAAUCUGGGGCGCAAGGACUUCUGGAGGAAGAUGUUUAAGUCACAGAGUGCAGCGAGUGACACCAGCAGUCAAUCGGAGCAGGACACGUCCGAGUGCACCACGGCUCACUCUGGAACCACCACGGACAGGCGCUCCCGCUCUCGCUCCCGACGCAUCUCCCUCCGCAAGAAACUCAAACUUCCCAUAGGGAACUGGCUGAAGCGCUCCUCCCUCUCUGGCCUGGCUGAUGGAGUGGAAGAUCUCCUGGAUAUCAGCUCUGUUGACCGUCUCUCCUUCAUCAGGCAGAGCUCCAAGGUGAAGUUCACCAGCGCAGUGAAGCUGUCAGAAGGAGGGGGGCCAGGAGGAGGCCUGGACAACGGGCGAGACGAAGAGGAGAAUUUCUUCAAGCGUCUUGGUAAAUGGCGCACCUGCCGAAGACACCCAUCCAAGCUCCAUCACACAGAAGAAAAAGAUGGUUGCCAUAGCUUUGAUGAUCACUUGACCUCCAAACAAGAAGGAGGAAAAUCCAAGAACGUUGUGAACCUGGGAGCGAUCCGCCAAGGCAUGAAGCGCUUCCAGUUUCUGCUGAACUGCUGUGAGCCAGGCACCAUCCCUGAUGCCUCCAUCCUGGCAGCAGCCCUGGACCUUGAGGCUCCUGUGGUGGCACGAGCAGCCCUGUUCCUGGAGUGCGCGCGCUUUGUGCACCGCUGCAACCGCGGCAACUGGCCCGAGUGGAUGAAGGGCCACCACGUCAACAUCACCAAGAAAGGGCUGUCCCGGGGCCGUUCCCCCAUUGUGGGCAACAAGAGGAACCAGAAGCUGCAGUGGAAUGCAGCCAAGCUCUUCUACCAGUGGGGAGAUGCCAUUGGUGUCCGUCUCAACGAGCUGUGCCACGCUGAGAGCGAGAGCCCUGCCAACCUGCUCGGCCUCAUUUAUGAUGAGGAGACCAAGAGGCGCCUGAGAAAGGAGGAUGAGGAAGAAGACUUUUUAGAUGACAGCACUGUGAAUCCCACCAAAUGUUGUUGUCCCUUUGCACUAAAAAUGGCAGCCUGUCAGCUUCUCCUGGAGAUAACCACCUUCCUGAGAGAGACCUUUCCCUACAUGCCCAGGCCACGGACUGAGCCUCUUGUGGACCUGGAGAGCUGCAGGCUGCGCCUGGAUCCCGAGAUGGACCGACACAGGUAUGAGAGAAAGAUCAGCUUUGCUGGGGUUCUGGAUGAAAAUGAAGAUUCAAAGGAUUCCCUGCACAGCAGCAGCCACACCCUCAAAUCUGAGGCUGGCUUCGAGGACAAAAAAGUUCCCAGCAGGAAGAUCAGGAUAGGAGGCUCCCGCUUGCUCCAGAUUAAAGGAACCCGCAGUUUCCGGGUGAAGAAGGGGGGUUCCCUUUCCAGCAUUCGCCGGGCCGGCAGCCUAAAGAGCACCAAGUUAUCACGGCAGGACUCAGAGUCUGAGAAUGAGGAGCUGCAGCUGUCCCACAGCAGGGACACUGUCACUGAUAUAGAAGGGAGCCCUUGGAGCGCGAGCGAGCCCAGCAUUGAACCCGAGGUACUGAGCAGCACAGGCAUGGAGGAGAACUAUCACCGGAACAUGUCGUGGCUGCACGUUAUGAUCCUGUUGUGCAACCAGCAAAGUUUCAUCUGCACACACAUUGACUACUGCCACCCCCACUGCUACCUCCACCACAGCCGCUCCUGUGCCCGCCUGGUCCGGGCCAUCAAGCUGCUCUAUGGGGACACAGUGGACUCCCUGAGAGAAAACAGCACCUUGAACAACGUGGCAAGAGGCAAAAAGCAGAAGGAAUGCUCAGACAAGUCAUGCUUGAGAACUCCUUCUCUUAAAAAGAGAGUGAUUGAUGUCAACUUGGAAGGGAAGAAGGACUCUGGAAUGCUAAAAUACAUCAGGAAUCAGGUGAUGAGCCUGUCCCCUGCCCCCCUGUCCCUGCUGAUCAAGGCAGCUCCCAUCCUCACCGAGGAGAUGUAUGGGGACAUCCAGCCAGCAGCCUGGGAGCUCCUGCUCAGCGUGGAUGAGCACAUGGCUGGGGCAGCAGCUGCCAUGUUCCUGCUGUGUGCUGUGAAAGUGCCAGAAGCUGUUUCUGACAUGCUGAUGUCCGAAUUUCAUCACCCAGAAACAGUGCAAAGACUGAAUGCCAUUCUUAAAUUUCACACACUCUGGAGGUUCAGAUAUCAAGUGUGGCCAAGGAUGGAGGAGGGAGCACAGCAGAUCUUCAAGAUUCCUCCUCCAAGUAUAAACUUCACUCUGCCUUCUCCUGUGCUGGGGAUGCCCUCUGUGCCAAUGUUUGACCCUCCCUGGGUCCCUCAGUGCAGUGGGAGUGUGCAGGAUCCUAUCAAUGAAGAUCAGUCGAAGUCAUUUUCUGCCCGGGCUGUGUCACGUUCCCAUCAGCGAGCAGAGCAUAUCCUGAAGAACCUGCAGCAGGAGGAAGAGAAGAAGCGCCUGGGCAGGGAAGCCAGCCUCAUCACUGCCAUCCCCAUCACUCAGGAGGCCUGCUACGAGCCAUCCUGUACACCAAGCUCUGAGCAGGAAGAAGAAGUAGAAGAAGUUGCCAACCUGGCCUCCCGCCGCCUCUCGGUGAGCCCGUCCUGCACCUCCAGCACCUCCCACAGGAAUUAUUCUUUCCGCCGUGGCUCUGUGUGGUCCGUGCGCUCAGCAGUCAGUGCAGAAGAUGAAGAACACACUACGGAGCACACUCCAAACCACCACGUGCCCCAGCCACCCCAGGCUGUGUUUCCAGCAUGCAUCUGUGCAGCAGUGCUCCCCAUUGUCCAUCUGAUGGAAGACGGAGAAGUCCGGGAGGAUGGAGUAGCUGUCAGUGCUGUUGCUCAGCAGGUCCUGUGGAACUGCUUGAUUGAGGACCCCUCUACAGUUCUGCGCCACUUCCUGGAGAAGCUCACCAUCAGCAACAGACAGGAUGAGCUGAUGUAUAUGCUGAGGAAGCUUUUGUUGAACAUUGGAGACUUUCCUGCCCAGACAUCUCAUAUCCUCUUUAACUAUUUGGUGGGAUUGAUCAUGUAUUUUGUACGGACUCCAUGUGAAUGGGGCAUGGAUGCCAUUUCUGCCACUCUCACCUUCCUUUGGGAAGUGGUGGGUUAUGUUGAAGGACUCUUCUUCAAGGAUCUCAAACAGACCAUGAAGAAGGAACAGUGUGAAGUGAAGCUGCUGGUGACUGCCUCAAUGCCAGGCACAAAAACCCUUGUUGUGCACGGACAGAAUGAGUGUGACAUCCCAACACAGUUACCAGUGCACGAGGACACACAGUUUGAGGCUCUGCUGAAGGAGUGUUUGGAGUUUUUUAACAUACCUGAAACUCAGUCUUCUCAUUAUUUUUUAAUGGAUAAGCGUUGGAAUCUCAUUCAUUACAACAAGACCUACGUCCGUGAUAUUUAUCCUUUCCGGAGGUCAGUUUCUCCCCAGCUCAACCUGGUGCAGAUGCAUCCAGAAAAGGGUCAAGAGCUCAUUCAGAAACAGGUGUUCACCCGUAAGCUGGAGGAGGUGGGGCGGGUGCUGUUCCUGAUCUCACUGACCCAGAAGAUCCCUCCAGCCCACAAGCAGUCCCACGUGUCCAUGCUCCAGGAGGACCUGCUCCGCCUGCCCUCCUUCCCCCGCAGCGCCAUCGACGCCGAGUUCUCGCUCUUCAGUGACCCCCAAGCUGGCAAAGAGCUCUUUGGUCUAGACACCCUUCAGAAAAGCUUGUGGAUUAAGCUGCUGGAAGAGAUGUUCCUUGGCAUGCCCAGCGAGUUCCCAUGGGGGGAUGAGAUCAUGCUGUUCCUGAACGUGUUCAACGGUGCCCUGAUCCUGCACCCCGAGGACAGUGCCCUGCUCAGGCAGUACGCCGCCACCGUCAUCAACACGGCCGUGCACUUCAACCACCUCUUCUCCCUCAGUGGCUACCAGUGGGUGCUGCCCAGCAUGCUGCAGGUGUACUCUGACUACGAGAGCAACCCGCAGCUGCGCCAGGCCAUCGAGUUCGCGUGCCGCCAGUUCUACGUCCUGCACCGCAAGCCCUUCAUCCUGCAGCUCUUUGCCAGCGUGGCCCCUCUCCUGGAGUUCCCUGAUGCUACAAACAAUGGAACCAGCAAAGGAGUGUCAGCUCAGUGCCUGUUUGACCUGCUGCAGUCUUUGGAGGGAGAUACUCCAGACAUUUUGGACAUCUUAGAGCUGGUGAAAGCAGAAAAGCCUCUCAAGUCAUUAGACUUCUGCUAUGGGAAUGAAGAUCUGACCUUUUCCAUCAGUGAAGCCAUCAAGCUGUGUGUGACAGUGGUGGCUUAUGCUCCUGAGUCAUUCAGAAGCCUCCAGAUGCUGAUGGUCCUGGAAGCCCUGGUUCCCUGUUACUUGCAGAAGCUGAAGCGCCAGACCUCUCAGGUGGACACAGGGACAGCAGCUCGUGAGGAGAUUGCUUCCAUGGGUGCCCUUGCCACCUCUUUGCAAGCCCUCCUGUACAGUGUAGAAGUUCUCACCAGGCCUAUGACAGCCCCACAGAUGAGUCGAUGUGACCAAGGCCAUAAAGGGACCACAACAGCAAACCACACCAUGUCAGCAGGUGUGAACACCAGGUACCCAGAACAGGGAGCCAAACUACACUUUAUCAGGGAGAACCUUCACUUGAUGGAGGAGGGCCAGGGCCUUCCCCGAGAGGAGCUGGAUGAAAGAAUUGCCAGAGAGGAGUUCAGGAGACCCCGGGAGUCGUUGCUGAAUAUCUGCACAGAGUUCUACAAGCACUGCGGUCCGAGGCUGAAGAUUUUGCAGAAUCUGGCUGGUGAGCCCCGAGUGACUUCUCUGGAGCUGCUGGAUGUGAAGUCCCACAUGAGGCUGGCAGAAAUCGCCCACUCCCUGCUGAAGCUGGCUCCUUACGACACGCAGACCAUGGAGAGCCGCGGGCUCCGGCGCUACAUCAUGGAGAUGCUGCCCAUCACUGACUGGACAGCCGAGGCGGUGAGACCUGCCCUGAUCCUCAUCCUAAAGAGAUUGGAUCGUAUGUUCAAUAAAAUUCACAAGAUGCCUACUCUGAGGCGCCAGGUUGAGUGGGAGCCUGCCAGCAGUUUGAUUGAAGGGGUUUGUUUGACACUUCAGAGGCAGCCUAUCAUAUCCUUCCUGCCUCACCUUAGGUCUCUGAUCAAUGUCUGUGUCAAUCUGGUGAUGGGAGUGGUAGGACCCUCCAGUGUGGCUGACGGAUUACCCCUUCUUCAUCUCAGCCCUUAUCUCUCGCCACCUCUGCCCUUCAGCACAGCUGUUGUCCGGCUUGUAGCAUUGCAGAUACAGGCUUUGAAGGAAGAUUUCCCCCUAAGCCAUGUCGUCUCCCCAUUCACCAAUCAGGAAAGAAGGGAAGGAAUGCUUUUAAACCUACUGAUUCCAUUUGUGCUCACAGUAGGAUCUGGAAGAAAAGACAGCCCCUGGCUGGAGCAGCCUGAGGUCCUGCUGCUGCUCCAGACUGUUAUCAAUAUCCUCCUGCCACCUCGCAUCAUCAGCACUUCCCGCAGCAAGAAUUUCAUGCUGGAGAGCUCCCCCGCCCACUGCUCCACGCCGGGGGACGUGGGGAAGGACCUGCGCCGGGAGGGGCUGGCAGAAUCCACCAGCCAGGCUGCCUACCUGGCCCUGAAGGUGAUCCUUGUUUGCUUUGAACGCCAACUGGACAGCCAGUGGUACUGGCUGAGCCUGCAAGUCAAAGAGAUGGCGCUGCGCAAGGUGGGAGGGCUGGCCCUGUGGGAUUUCCUCGACUUUAUCGUGCGAACACGGAUCCCUAUCUUUGUGCUCCUUCGGCCCUUCAUCCAGUGCAAGCUGCUGGCCCAGCCAGCUGAGAACCACGAGGAGCUGAGUGCCCGGCAGCACAUCUCGGACCAGCUGGAGCGGCGCUUCAUCCCGCGCCCGCUCUGCAAGAGCUCCCUCAUCGCCGAGUUCAACAACGAGCUCAAGAUCCUCAAGGAGGCCGUGCACAGCGGGUCUGCUUACCAAGGGAAGACAUCUGUCAGCACAGUGGGCACCUCCACGUCUGCCUACCGCCUGAGCCUGGCCACCAUGUCCCGCUCCAACACGGGCACGGGCACGGUGUGGGAGCAGGAGAGCGAGCCCUCCCAGCAGGCCUCGCAGGACACGCUCAGCCGCACCGACGAGGAGGAUGAAGAAAAUGACUCCUUGAGCAUGCCCAGUGUGGUAAGUGAACAAGAAACAUACCUUAUGGGUGCCAUUGGGAGGAGGCGCUUCUCCAGCCAUCUCUCCAGCAUGUCUGCACCUCAGGCUGAGGUGGGCAUGCUACCCAGCCAAAGGGUGGCAAGUGUGCAGAGCGAGCCAGGACAGCAGAACCUCCUCCUGCAGCAGCCCCUGGGGCGGAAGAGAGGCCUGAGGCAGCUCCGACGGCCGCUGCUCUCACGUCAGAAGACUCAGACGGAGCCUCGGAGCCGUCACGGAGCUCGACUUUCAACCACCAGACGGAGCAUCCAGCCAAAGCCUAAACCCUGUGCGGAGCAGAAGCGCUCGGUGACGUUCACGGAGGCGCAGCCUGAGGCACCCCCGGCGGCCGCCGCGGAGCCGCCGGCACAGCAGCUGGGCUGCGGCCGCGACAGCCCCCAGGCCACCGGCCAGCAGGAGUCCCUCGGCAAACCUGGGCUGACUGCCUCGCCUGCCAUCGUCGUGGCUGAUCUUCACAGCCAGAGCGAGGCACUCUCUGCUGAGGAGGAGAAGGACAAAGAGGAGGGCUUGGAAUCGCGGCCAGCCACAGCCCAGAGCACCCCACCCCCGCAGCUCUCGGACAGCGAGGACUUCGCGGGGCUGGAGACCACCAGCCUGCUGCAGCACGGCGACACCGUCCUGCACAUCAGCGAGGACAACGGCAUGGAGAACCCUCUGCUGGCCACGCACUUCAGCUUCACGCACGUGGAGCUCGGCGAGACCGACGUUGAUCUCGAUGAAUCUCAUGUGUAACUCUUGGGGAAGUACAGCAGUGGGAGGAGGAAGGAGUGUUUACCUUAGAGCUCGCUGCUAAACAGUAACUCAUGAAACAAGAGCACUUUAUUAUCCAGGAGCAGGAAACAGCUAUCAGCCGGCUGCUAUAGACUGGCAAAUUUCUAUUUGUGAGAUCUCUUUUCAGUUCAGGGCAGGACCACAGGAGCCAAGAACUGGUUCAGAAUUCUCAGGAUAGGGGUGUGCAGGCAAACGUGGUCCAUGGAGCCCUGGUCUGGCAACAUGCACAGAGAUCAGCAGCCUCGCUGGGUAAUGGGCUGUUGGACUGUGUGAGACAGAGACGUCUCUUCUGAGACUGUGCCUCAGAGUUAUUUUUGUAGUGUUUUUGAGAGGAGGGCUACCACAGCAGCUGAAUCCAAGGCUCCUACACCUUGAAAACAGUGACAGAAAGAACCAAUGUAAUGCUUGAUUUUCUCAAGCCUGGGACCAUUGUUUCUAACAUGCAGAGCAACAGUAAGCACCACAAAGCAAUUAGAUUUUUUUUUUGGCACUGCAGACUUCAGUUGAGUUUACUUUUGUCUGUUAGUUCCAUUCCACUCUGUAAAAUAUUGCCCUUGUGCUACGAAAAUAUUUGCUCUGCAGAACUAAAUACAGUAUAUAGUGUAAGCAGGAAUGCAUGUGCUGUCCACAGACACAGAUGGGCAGGGGCUGAGUGGUCUGCAGGUGGUAUAAAUAACCCACACUGUCCUGCUUUAAUCUACUCAGCUGUUCACCUCCAGAGUUUAAAAAAAUACUCCAAGAAACUGCAUCUGCAAUGCUUGGAUCUUCUGGCCCCAAGCAACUGCUCCCCUGAUGCUGUUGGAUGUACGUAGAGGGAUUUAAAGUAAAUAUUUAUAGAUGGUAUUUUCAUGUUACUAUAUAUAUAUAAAAAUAUAUAUGUACAUUGUAAACAAAAGAUGGAUAUUGCAGGGCAGAAACUUGAUGAAAGAAUCUAUUUUUGGCAUGCUAAGAUUGUAUUUUAAAAGGUUCCAUUUUAUGUAUGUACCGUUCAUGGCUGCAAGUAUUAGAUAAAUGUGUGGAACAUUUAGAGAA